AUGAGAAACUUUGUGCUUGUGCUCAUCGUCUCUAGUUUGCUUGCCGUUUUUUCAAACGCCUACAUCAUCACUCCUGGAUUCUACGACCAGCGGACAUCCAAAAAGUCAUCUAACUACAGAUCGCUGGCAAGCUCAUCACGUAAUUGGUGAGUAUGAUGCCGCUACAGAAAUGUUUCAACAACCUUUCAGCUAUUUUUCGCCGGUUAACUGCAUAAUCGCUCAAGAUCUCUCGUCAUUCCGUCAAAUGGGACGAAGUGGAGCCUUUUCGACGCGAUGA